AUGUUCGUGAAAGGUGAUUUCUCGCUAAAAAAAGAUCUGAUGAGGACUUUGUUCGAUCAACUAAAGACACGCGCAGUCACUUGGGAUUUGACCCUAAGACAUGAUUCGCGCCUUGGCCCGGUGAAUCCUGAUUCUAUCACGGGCAUAUACGCGUCUGAUCCCGAGACCUAUAACGUCUUCACCAGAUUAUUCGACCCUGUAAUCGAAGAGUAUCACAGUGGUUUUAGGGAUAACGACGUUCAUUCCGACCUAGAUUGAGGGGUGAGCCAGGAA